AUGAAAACAAAGUUUUGGAGCCCGUAUAAAGAGGAAGUGAAGAUAGGAGAGCUUUUGAUAAAGUCUGAAUUUUAGAAAAAGGGCAAGUUUAGAUAUUUAGGUGGAAGUGAAACACUGCUGAUAAUAUACGAGGACCCCCAAUUCAAAAAGCCCAAGAAGUACACAAUGAUGGACUUUGAUCUGAAAUUUGAGAUGAUACGAACAGCCCCUAAGAUGAAACCAGGAUGUUAGGUGAUAAAGCUUUCAGGAAGUGCUCGAGUUGAUUAAGUGAAGAGCGAAAAUAUAGAGAAACUUGGGGAGGCUACUACAUUGUGGCUAUUUCGAGAUGAGGACCACAGAUAUGAGUUGGUUGCUCCAUCCAUGAUCCUCACACAAUGGAGAUAGUUCUUGGGGAAGAGGAUCAACUAGUACGGAUUCCAUCAUUUGUUCAAGGUUUUUAAGAAGAUUGGAAAGGGAAACUUUGCAUCAGUAUAUUUGGCUGAGAGAGUUGAGGAUGGGCAAUAGAUGGCUAUUAAGGCAUUUUCUAAAAGUGUGGCAUAUGCAGAAGAAAAUGGAAAAGAAGGAUUAAUGAACGAAAUUAAGUUGAUGAGGUAAUUGGAUCAUCCAAACAUAAUCAAAUUGCAUGAGGUCCAUGAAACAACAAAUUCAUUAUAUGUUUGUUUGGAAUUAUUGGAAGGUGGUCAAUUAUAUGAGUAAUUGAAGAAAAAAGUCAUAUUUUCAAAUAAAGAGAUCUUAACUAUUAUUAAAGGAUUACUAGAAGGUCUUAAACACAUUCAUUCCAAAGAUAUCAUGCAUAGAGAUAUCAAAUUAGAAAAUAUCUUAUUCAAAAAGCCUAACUAAAUAGAGUCUGUGUGUCUAGCAGAUUUUGGAUUGGCUACCUAUGUUCAUGAUGAAGUGUAUUUGUAUUGCAGAUGUGGCACUCCUGGAUUUGUGGCUCCUGAAGUUAUCAACAUUAAAGAUCUAACAACUAAAUAUGAUAAAGUUUGUGACAUAUAUUCCUUGGGAUUGGUGUUUCAUUUAUUAUUGACUGGGAAACCAGCAUUUACUGGACGCAGUUAUACAACCAUUGUGAAUCAAAAUAAGGAGGCUAAAAUACAAUGGAAAUCAUCAGCAUUUGACAUAAUUCCAAAGGCAGCCUUGAAUCUUUUAAAGAGAAUGCUAGAAACAGAUCCAAAAUAAAGAAUCACAGCAGAAGAAGCAUUAAAGCAUAAUUAUUUUAACCCUUAUCAUAUUCCAAACAUAGCCUAAUUUGAAGAUGAAAACAUUGAUAGUGAUGAUAGUUGUCAAUUAGAUUAGAGACUGCAAAAGAUUAAUGAUCUUAAUAAUAAGUUUGAUAUGAUGCGUAUUAAUCAACUAACCAAUUCACCAAUCAGAUCUCCAAAUAUAAGAGCCACUCAAACUUAGGCAAUGAAGGAAUAGAUGAAAGAAAGCGUUUAAUUGCAAGAGCAGAUGAUUAUGCAUACUCCAGUGAUUACUGGAAGAAUAGAAAGCAUUGAUGGUAAACACGUUUUAAUUCAUUUUCAUUUAGAUUCCCCCUUAGAAGGGUCAAAAUAGUAACAAAAAAUGAAAGAAGGAUUGUCCAAACACAAGAGACAAGAAUCUUUGAAUUUCCUUUAAAAAUACAAACAACAAUAACAGCCAGUUAAUGAUGAGGAUUCAUUGCAUCAGUAAGAAGAUUGUAGAGAACCUGCCAUUUAAUAGGUCAAAUAGAGUUUAAGCAAAAAUUUAUGA